AGGGUCAGAGCAGUGCACUUGCAGGAGCACUUCACAGGACUGGCUUCCAGCGCGUUGGACAGGACUUGUAUCAGCAACCUGACGGCUUUGCAGCUGACUGAAUUCUUGGCACAAGAAAUCAGUGGUGGCAAGAUUUGAAACAGGCACCAGUCAACAUGAGCACAGCAGGCAAAGUUAUUAAAUGCAAAGCAGCAGUAAUGUGGGAAGCCAAUAAACCAUUUUCUAUUGAGGAAGUGGAAGUUGCCCCACCAAAAGCACAUGAAGUUCGCAUAAAGAUCAUGGCCACAGGGAUCUGUCGCUCUGAUGACCAUGUGAUAACAGGUGCACUGGUUAUGCCUUUUCCAAUAAUUCUUGGGCAUGAAGCAGCUGGUGUUGUGGAGAGUGUUGGGCAGGGAGUAACUUCGAUCAAACCAGGAGACAAGGUGAUUCCACUCUUUGUUCCACAGUGUGGGGAGUGUGACAGUUGCUUAAGCACCAAGGGUAAUCUGUGCAGUAAAAAUGACAUUGCUACAGGUGCUGGAUUAAUGCCUGAUGGCACCACUAGAUUCACCUGUAAAGGAAAAGCAAUUCACCAUUUUAUUGGUACAAGUACCUUCACAGAAUACACAGUAGUGCAUGAAUCUGCUGUAGCCAAAAUCGACGCUGCUGCUCCUCUGGAAAAAGUUUGUCUAAUUGGCUGUGGAUUUUCAACCGGUUAUGGGGCUGCUGUGCAGACUGCCAAGGUGGAACCAGGCUCCACCUGCGCCGUCUUUGGCCUCGGAGGCGUUGGCCUCUCUGUCAUCAUGGGCUGCAAGGCGGCUGGAGCUUCCCGCAUCAUUGCUGUUGAUAUCAAUAGUGACAAGUUUGCCAAGGCCAAGGAGCUGGGAGCCACCGACUGUGUCAACCCUAAAGAUUUCAAGGAGCCUAUUCACCAAGUGUUGAUCAAAAUGACUGGCCGUGGCGUGGACUACUCCUUUGAGGUCAUUGGCCGUACCGAAACCAUGGCUGCAGCAUUGGCCUGUUGCCAGUACAACUACGGGGUCAGUGUGAUCGUGGGAGUGCCCCCAGCAGCACAAAAUAUCACUUUUGACCCCAUGCUCCUCUUCACUGGUCGCACCUGGAAAGGGUCUGUCUUUGGAGGCUGGAAGAGUAAAGAUUCAGUCCCUAAACUGGUUGCUGACUACCUGAAGAAAAAAUUUGUUCUGGAUCCAUUAAUAACCCACACCCUUCCUUUCACUGAAAUCAAUGAAGGAUUUGAUCUGCUAAGGACAGGGAAGAGUAUUCGCACUGUCCUGGUCUUUUAGGAUUCCCAAUUGUUAAGCAGCAGAUGGCUCAGCACCGGUACAAACUUCAUUAUCCUUCAAUACAACUGAUAUGAAAUAAACCCCAAGAUAUUUCUGAAAGGUCUGCCACCGUCACAAUUGAAUAAGGAUCAAGCUCAAACCCCAGACUUCAAACACAGUGUUUAUAAAUGAAAUAAUCUUUUUCCUCCUACCUCUUCCUCCUGAUUCUUGCUUUAAAUCCUCUGCAUUGUGCUGCAAUUUUAUUUUAAUAGCCAGUUAUGAAUUACAGGACUUGCUGCUGUCACAGGUGUUAUGAAAGGUUUGAAUUUUUUAAAAUGACUUACAACAUGCAAUCUUUUAAUAGAAAAAUGAAGGAAACUGUUUCUUUGGGCCUUCAUAACACUGCAAGCUUAACAGAUUUGUGCAUGCAGCUCAGCACAGUAAAACUCUAGGUCAGAACUAUGUACCCAUCCUGAAUGAUUUUAGCAUGCUAUUACCUCAUAGGCAACAAAAUUACUCCUUAUUCCAAUAACUGAUAAGCAAGAAAAUUACUGCAGAGAUAAAAAAUUAUGGUGACCAUGUGUUUGAAUUACUAAUUUCAGGAAAUUAUAUUUAAGUAAAUCAUAGACUUGGGUACUGGAGAAUGUCUCACCAUUGGCUAUUUUACCAAAUUAACACUUCCAAGCAUUUUAUAUAAAGCUGCUGUGGUGGUAGUCUGUGUUGUGGUUUGUGUUCUUCUUAACUUUGUACCUCUUCCUUGGGUUGUUUUAUCAGUAUGGUUUUAGAACUUUGGCCAAUUUAUGCACGUGCAUCUGAUGCUUGGGAAACAAUGCGAAGAAAUAUGAAUAUGCAUCAAGUAUUGUUAUUUGUUUCCAUUAAAUAAAGGGGAGGUUUCUUACUUUAAGUGUCAAUACAGAGUAAAUGGGAAGAAACAAGUGACUGGUAACAGUUAACAAGGAAUCAAACAUAAAGCAUCUUACUGUUUUCUGCGUUUGUAACGUGGAAACUGGAACAGAGGCUAUUUCUUGACUUUUGAAAGUACUAACCAGAGCUUGCAGGCACUCACAUGCAGGGUAGCUGGGUAGAAGAGCCUAUGAGGUAAAGGGACUGUGACUGACUUGUGUCAGCAGAGUCCUUGAGCGGCCCAACUAGGUUAAUGAUUUGAGGAUAAGUUUACUGAGAGAUUAGACUUUAACAGAAGAAGUUCCUUAAACAUGUGUGUGUAAUAAACUCAGUUUACACAGCAA